AUGGAUUCCAUCCCCAGAACGCACGAAGGUUUGUUCUUUUAUAUUUGUAAUUCUAUCAUUUAUAAUUUGAGUUAUGCACUAUUGUAAAUUGUUACCAACAACUCCAAUCAUUUAUGUAAUUUAAUUACCGAAUAUUUGCUGAACCUCAAUCUAAAUUUCUUUGAUUCUGUAAUAAAAAAAAUUGUGUCAUUUACUGAUGUUUAAUCUCAAUUGUCUUAGCUUUCCUUUGAUAUCAAAUCUUUGAUAAAUGCUAGUGUGUAUCUCGAAUGGAUUCAUAUAAUGCUAAUUAUUAUUAACAAUUUCUAGAUAUUGAAGCACAAAUAAGAGAAAUACAGUCAAAGAAGAAAGAGAUUCAAAAUGCGUCUACAGAAAAGGAUCAAGUAGGACUAGGAAAAACUGGCUUCUAUGAUCAAGAUAUUUAUGACGGAAGUAAUAAUAAAUAUGAAGGCUAUGUUACAUCUAUCGCAGCAAACGAUGAAAUUGAGAGUGAGAAAGAUUAUGAUCCUUUCGCGGACAGACGACGACCCACCAUAGCUGAUAGAGAAGAUGAAUAUAGACAAAAAAGACGAAGAAUGAUUAUAUCACCUGAGCGUGUUGAUCCCUUUGCAGAAGUUGAGAAAGAAAUUAGCAGAAAAAGCCAAAGAAGGAACAUUGAAAGCAAAUGGUGAACCUAAACCUACGCCUAAGAAAAGAGGUCGUUGGGAUCAAACAGAUGAUGCUCCAACACCUAAGAAACCAACUGGUACAACUGCAACACCAACAUCCUGGGACAAUGCGGAUGUAACACCUGCUGCAAUCAGAUGGGAUGAAACACCUGGUCAUGGUAAAGGCGGAGAAACUCCUGGUGCAACACCAGGUGUAAGUACAAGAAUGUGGGAUGCUACUCCAGGACAUGCAACGCCUGGUGCAGCUACUCCUGGUAGGGAAACUCCUUCCCAUGAAAAAACUGUUUCAAGCCGUAGAAAUCGUUGGGAUGAGACACCGAAAACUGAACGUGAAACACCCGGUCAUAGCAGCGGUUGGGCAGAAACGCCAAGAACAGACCGAGUUGCAGGAGAUUUAAUUCAAGAGACACCAACACCUUCUGCUAGUAAACGUCGAAGUCGAUGGGAUGAAACGCCUUCGAAUCAAACACCUGGGUCCAUGACGCCACAAACUCCGGCAACCCCUCUUACAACACCACAUCAAACUUCGAUUUUAACACCUAGUGGUGUAACACCGACAGGACCCAAAGCUAUGGGAUUAGCAACUCCAACACCAGGACAUUUAAUGUCAAUGACACCAGAACAACUUCAAGCAUAUCGUUGGGAAAGAGAAAUCGAUGAGAGAAAUAGACCACUUUCAGAUGAUGAAUUGGAUGCUUUAUUCCCACCUGGAUACAAAGUUUUGCAACCACCAGCAGGAUAUAUUCCAAUUCGCACACCUGCAAGGAAGCUCACUGCUACGCCAACGCCAAUCGCGGGCACACCACAAGGAUUUUUCAUCCAAACUGAAGAUAAAACCGCAAAAUUUGUAGACAAUCAGCCAAAAGGAAAUUUACCUUUUAUGAAACCAGAGGACGCACAAUAUUUUGAUAAACUGUUGGUUGAUGUUGAUGAAGAAACGCUUAGUCCUGAAGAACAAAAAGAAAGGAAAAUAAUGAAACUGUUAUUAAAAAUUAAAAAUGGUACGCCACCAAUGAGGAAAGCUGCUCUGAGACAAAUUACGGACAAAGCAAGAGAAUUUGGAGCAGGUCCUUUGUUUAACCAGAUACUUCCUCUUCUUAUGUCUCCAACAUUGGAAGAUCAAGAGCGUCAUCUUCUUGUGAAAGUUAUUGAUCGUAUUCUUUACAAACUCGAUGAUUUGGUUAGACCUUACGUACAUAAGAUUUUGGUCGUCAUUGAACCUUUACUCAUUGAUGAAGACUACUAUGCUCGCGUUGAAGGCAGAGAAAUUAUUUCUAAUUUGGCAAAAGCAGCUGGUUUAGCGACGAUGAUCUCCACGAUGAGACCAGAUAUUGACAAUAUUGAUGAAUACGUUCGUAAUACAACAGCCAGGGCAUUCGCUGUAGUUGCAUCAGCUUUAGGAAUUCCUUCUUUACUUCCAUUUCUCAAAGCCGUGUGUCGCAGUAAAAAAUCAUGGCAAGCUCGUCACACGGGUAUUAAAAUUGUACAACAAAUCGCUAUUCUUAUGGGAUGUGCUAUAUUACCACAUCUGAAGAGUUUGGUCGAAAUUAUAGAACAUGGCCUCGUCGACGAGCAACAAAAAGUUCGUACUAUCACUGCUUUAGCAAUUGCUGCUUUAGCAGAAGCAGCCACACCUUAUGGUAUCGAGAGUUUCGACUCUGUUUUAAAACCAUUGUGGAAGGGUAUUCGUACACAUAGAGGGAAAGGUCUUGCCGCAUUCUUAAAAGCUAUUGGUUAUUUAAUUCCUCUUAUGGAUGCUGAAUAUGCUAAUUACUAUACUCGUGAAGUAAUGUUAAUCCUUAUUCGUGAAUUCCAGUCUCCUGAUGAAGAAAUGAAAAAAAUUGUACUGAAAGUAGUGAAACAAUGUUGUGGAACGGAUGGUGUAGAAGCACAAUACAUCAAAGAUGAGAUCCUUCCACAUUUUUUCAAACACUUCUGGAAUCAUCGAAUGGCUUUGGAUCGUCGAAAUUAUAGACAGCUUGUUGAUACGACUGUAGAAAUUGCAAAUAAAGUUGGUGCAUCAGAAAUUAUAAAUCGUGUAGUAGAUGAUUUAAAAGAUGAAAACGAACAAUAUAGAAAGAUGGUAAUGGAAACCAUUGAGAAAAUAAUGGGAAAUUUAGGAGCUGCGGAUGUUGAUUCUCGUUUAGAAGAACAACUCAUUGACGGUAUUUUAUAUGCUUUCCAAGAACAGACAACAGAGGAUGUUGUAAUGUUGAAUGGGUUUGGAACUAUUGUGAAUACAUUAGGAAAAAGAGUGAAAGCAUAUCUUCCACAAAUCUGUGGUACAAUUUUAUGGAGAUUAAACAAUAAAUCUGCAAAAGUAAGACAACAAGCUGCUGAUUUAAUAUCACGAAUUGCUGUCGUUAUGAAAACUUGUCAAGAGGAAAAAUUAAUGGGUCAUUUAGGUGUCGUUCUUUAUGAAUAUUUAGGUGAAGAAUAUCCUGAAGUAUUGGGAAGUAUUUUGGGCGCAUUAAAAGCUAUUGUCAAUGUCAUAGGAAUGACAAAAAUGACACCACCUAUUAAAGAUUUACUACCACGUUUAACUCCUAUUCUGAAAAACAGACAUGAAAAGGUACAAGAAAAUUGUAUUGAUCUCGUAGGUAGGAUUGCAGAUAGAGGACCUGAAUAUGUGUCCGCUAGAGAAUGGAUGAGAAUAUGUUUUGAACUUUUGGAAUUGCUCAAAGCCCACAAAAAAGCGAUUAGGAGAGCGACAGUGAAUACAUUUGGUUACAUUGCAAAAGCAAUAGGACCUCAUGAUGUAUUAGCAACUCUUUUGAACAACUUAAAAGUACAGGAACGUCAAAAUCGUGUGUGCACUACAGUAGCUAUUGCUAUCGUAGCUGAAACCUGUAGUCCCUUCACAGUACUUCCUGCUUUAAUGAAUGAAUAUAGAGUACCGGAACUGAACGUACAAAAUGGUGUGUUAAAAUCUCUGUCCUUUUUGUUUGAAUAUAUCGGAGAAAUGGGAAAGGAUUACAUUUAUGCUGUUAGUCCAUUGUUAGAAGAUGCUCUCAUGGACAGAGAUUUAGUGCACAGACAAACUGCAUGUGCUGCUAUUAAACACAUGGCAUUGGGUGUUUACGGAUUUGGAUGUGAAGAUGCAUUGAUUCAUUUAUUGAAUCAUGUAUGGCCCAACGUUUUUGAAACUUCACCACACUUGGUACAAGCAUUUAUGGAUGCCGUGGACGGUUUACGUGUCGCUCUUGGACCAAUUAAAAUACUACAAUAUACUUUACAGGGAUUGUUCCAUCCGGCACGAAAAGUACGAGAUGUAUAUUGGAAAAUUUAUAAUUCUCUUUAUAUAGGUGGACAAGAUGCUCUUGUAGCUGGUUACCCUCGAAUUAUGAAUGAUCCAAAGAAUCAGUAUAUUAGAUACGAAUUGGAUUAUGUUUUGUAAUGAUUUUAAGCAUAUGUAAGAUGUAUCAUACAUUUAUAUAAUCUUCGUAAAAAUUAGCAUCCUUCGCUUAUUAUUGUUUAUUUUAUAAAUCAGCUAAAAUAAUUGAAUGUGACUCAUAAGAUAUAGACACCAAUGAACUUUGAUAGUAUUUAUUUCUUGGACUUCUUUAAACAAAUUAUACAUAAAUUCUUUUAAAUUAAAAAUUGAUUAUUACAAAUUUGCUUAAAAAGAUAUUUGUCAGUCCUUAUAUAAAUAAAAUGUUUCGUAUUCAACGAUGUUGAAUUUAUUUCGAAGCAUUCGCUUCAAUAUUUACUUAGUUGUUCCCCUUGAAUUUUAUCAUGUUAGCUAACACAAAAAUUUUUUUAUAUAUUUCAAUUUUACAUAAGAUAUAUUUUUUUUCGUAUUAGAAAAGUUGGUAAUUGUAUAUUUACAUAAAAAUAAAAUGAACUUCUUCAUUCUCCAUGAAAAUAAUGUAAUGAAAACACUAACGAUGAUUUUUUUUCAGUAUUUUAUUUUAAAGUUAAUUUAUUAGCGUACUAAAUAAGACUAGUGGUAAUUUACCUUUAAAUAUUUAUUUGUAAUUUUUGAGACAGUUUAAUAUUUUAUAGCAUAUAUUGUGUAAAACGUUCACAUACCGAACUUAUGUAUGUACAUUAUAAUUUUUAAGUAUCAUUGGAGAAUACAGUCGUGUUUUACAUAUUUUCUUUUUAUCUAUGUAACAUUUAUUGUAAUACUUUUUUGUAUAAAAAUUGCGUGUGAAAUGUCUGUAUCUCCAAAUAGAUUUUUUUUUUAAAUUGGCGUAAAGCGUAUGUAUGUAAAUGUACACAUGCAUACAUCAUUGUAUUCAUGAUAUUUCUCAACUAUUUAUGAAUUCAAUGCAAUUCCUUUAGUUUCGGUCCUGACAAAGGUGCAUUACAUAUUUACUGUUGUAUACUUUCAAAUCGGCAACCAAACAAAAUUUAAAAGCUAAUCUCUUAAUGUCAUUAACAUAAUUAAAUUAUAUGAAGGCCAUUUUUUUACCUUUGAAUAGCACUUUGAAUAACGUAUACAUAUAUAUCCGUAAAUUAGCAUAAUAAGAAAGAAUAUCGUUUAUAAAUAUGACAGAGUAAUUAAAACUAAACUUCUUUCUACAAUAUUCUAGGACAAUAACUGAUGAACAUAUAAUUCAUGGUAGUAUAUAGUUAAAAAGUAUAUACUGUUUAUAUAACUAUAAUAAAAAAAUGUAACGACAACAAAAAUUAAAGUUUCGCUUCAAUGAAUUUUAAACAAUUCUUUUUAAUAAAUAUCAUUUUAAAGCGCAAUUUUUGGCAAAACAUUCAAUAUUUUAUAUUUAUUAAAAAAAAAGAUCAAUAUAAAAAGAGCAAUCGAUUAAAACAGAGCAACAAAUUAAAACUUAAUACAAGUUACUGUUCAUUUUCUAACAUUUUAUAACAUUUUAUAUAAAUCAUUUGUUAAGCAGAACUUUGGUAUAAGUAUAUAGAACUAUUAAUUGAUGUAACAGAAGUUGUUUCUAUGAUGGAAAUACUAAAAACAACUGAUUAUAGAAUCACAUUGAUACAAUAUAUACGUUUUAUGAAAAUUAUUUUCAAGCUAAGUACUUAUCAAUAUUUAUAAAUUUAUAAAAGCAAUAUAUAAAUGUGAUAAGCAAUCCCUUAUUUGGUUUUUCUUUUUGUAUCAUUACACGAGUUAUUUUAUAACUUCCAAGUCGAAAUUUUUUGUAUGAAUUUUAUGAUACAAAAGAUACUUCCAAUUUAUUCAAGUCAUCAUAUCAGAUACAUUUUUUUUUUAAAGUGAUUUAAAAAAGUAGAUUAAUUGUAAUAGUUUCUCAAUAAAACUUAUUAACGUAAGAUGCGGUUACUUAAUUUAUGAAAAUGACAUGUGAUUCUAUAAAAUAUGACUUCAGAAAUUAUAAGAUAUCUUUACAUGAUUGUUUAAAAAAUUAAGAGUAUAAUAUCAUUAAGCAUUAAGUAUUCGUCUCUCCUUACACCGUCAAAAAUGAAUAAGUAACGAAAUAUACAUACACAAUUAUUACGAAAAAUAUUAAUUUAUAGAGAAAAAAUUGAUAAAUAUCACAAGUACGCGCAAUUGUAACACACAAUUUUGUGAUGAAAACUAGAUAUAUCUCACUCGCAUUCUUUUGCACUAAGAACAUUUCAUUUCACACAUACUACAUGGAAAUAUACGCUCCGUUUAUCUCUCGUUGUAGUGUGAUAAAAUUUACAAUAGAAUAUCAUAUUUUGUAUUCUUGAUAACUUUGGUAAACGACUAAAGAAUGUGAAGGCUGUCAGUCAUUUCUACAACUAAGAUUUUUAUUAUGCUAAGGAUUUUUUAAAAUAUGUGGAAGUCAAUUUCAGCUACUUUCAUUAUUAAAUAUAUAUAAUAAAUUUUUUUUUGAAAAUCAGCAUAAGUAAUUUAAUACGGUGGGUACAGAAAAUAGCACUGUACUAUUACAAUGAAACAUUUCUUAUUUUUUCAAAUCCUGUUGCAUCUUAUGUUCGUUAGGAAAAAUGCUGUCUCAACUGUUAAAAUUGUAAUCUAUAAAAAAUACAUCAAAGAUUAUGUAUGUUUGAUUUUGCAUGAUUAUGCAUGUUUGUAUAUACGACGUAAAUGAAGAUAGUUCAAAAAAUGUAUGUUUCUCAUUUGAUAUCAUAUUUAGAUUUAAGAAAUAUUUAAUAGAUGUUCAGAUAUCAUUAUGA